AUGUUUACACCGAUUGAGUUCGACCCCGACGAUCACUCUAGUCUCAGACAGCGGGGGAUACCUGCUCAACUCGGUUCAUCACGUUUUAACCCAUAUGCACGCAGCACGCCUAGCUCAAGGCCUUCUACAUCGCUAGCGUCAGCAAGCGUAAUAGAUGAUGCCGAUAGCGCUCGUUGCAUCACAGACUUGCCAGAAGCUCCACAGCCUAAGUGUAGCAGGAAGGAUUAUAGUAAAACACAGCAACGAGCCAUCGAAUGGGCGAAAUUGCGCCUCGUUAUGGACGGUGCAACUACCGGCUGGAUCAGGAACAGCACCAGAGACGAGAAGGCCAAGAUGGAGGUGCGCGUUAGGGAGAUCAUUUUUCAUGCCAGUGUAAAGUUCGGUUGUGAAUUGAUAGCUAAUAACUAUCUCAUAAACACUGUAGUCCAAGCCCUAACGCAGGACCGUAGACGGCUCGCAAAAAUCGGCGAAGAAUUUGCGAACCUGCACAAGCUUGAACCGCCGUCAAAGCGGUCCGAGGAGGAACGCCAGAUUUUUAUGAACAAUCGAAGGGCAGUCAUCUACGAUGCAAAUCAGCCUUUCGAAUACUAUCUACAUGGUAUAGAGGAGACUGAGACGUCUACCAAUGUCCUGGUCUUCUCAGAUCAAGCUGUCGAAAAUACUCAUAUCAGGCACUGGUAUCAGAGCAAGAAAUCGCCACUUUGUGACGAAGAAAUGAGGUCCUCGAUUGAUACGACGCCCCUUGACAUGUACGCGGAGUCAGCGGCAGGAAUGAGGUGUGCCAUCGAUCGGUACGUCGAGGAUCGACUCACCGAAUCAAUAAAUGACACUCUGCACUUCGCUACCGACGUAUAUGCCAACGAGCAACAGUUGAUCAAGGACGCGAUGGUGUUUGCCCUCCAACAGAAUAUACAUCGGGAGUCAUUCCAGAAGCGUCUACUAUAUCUUCAUCACAGAGGCCUUCAAAAGUUGUACGAGAUGCUGGGCCUUCCGGCUCCUCAACCUCCGAUUCACGUCCCUUUAACAGCUCAGGAGUUGAGCAAACCACACCCAGUGCCGAGUCAUAAUACCGCGACUGCCCUGCCUGGGCCUUCCGCUUUGUUGCCGUUUGGACAAAUAGGUGGCCAGGCGCCAUUGAUGACGUCGGGACCGCAGACGUCGUUUGUACAGAUCUCAAGUGAUGUGGGAUCCUGUCCAGCAACGUCCAUCGCCAUUCUCAACGAUAAACAAAUUGUCCGGCAACCGAUGUUGUUAUUGCCACAAGCUCUGUAUGCAAUCCCCGAUGCAUCCAGCACGAUCCAACGGUUCGCGCAUGCAUCCCGUGCAGAGCUUAUUCCCGAAGACGCACUCGUUGUCGACACGGACCAAGAACCUGCGCUUCAAGAGCUCCUGGAAAAGUUCGCAACAUUUCCGGGGACUUGGAGGUACAACUGUAGCCAAUCGUCGCAUCAGCCUCGAUGUCACUGCGCCUUCGACGGACCUUCACCCACGCCUGCCGAUCCUACAAUGAAUGAGUUUGGUGUUCUGGAGAAAGGUGAUGCACAAGUUGCGAAGGCGUCGGGCGAAACGACAACGACAAGGCGGCUCUCUGUCCGAGCUUCUCCGUCAAUCAAUUCCCGAGUUCCAAGGCAGGUCUCUGGGCCUCCAUCCGCUGACGGCAUCCCUCGAAAGUCCAAUCGUGAUUCGGUCUCCUUCAGCACUCUACAUAAGGCAUCCACGGGCUCUGUCGCCUCCACUACCUCAGUCCUCUCAGCGAAACAACAUACUCGCAUAGAUUUUCUGCUUUGUCUCCGUCAAAAGGAUGAUGAACAUGGCGAUUACCAGGUAGUUAACGGCGAUCAUCUCGCUCUCCGCUACGGAAUCAUGGAUAUCUUGGGCAAGGGCUUGUUCGGUCAAGUGCUAAGCUGUAGAGAUCACCAGACAGGCGAAUCUGUUGCGAUUAAGAUCAUCCGCAAUAAAAAGCGCUUUCAUCACCAAGCACUGAUGGAGAUCAAGAUCCUAGACAAUCUUCGUAAAUGGGAUCACAAAGAGAAGCACCAUGUCAUCAAGAUGACUGAGCUCUUCUACUUCCGCAAUCACCUCUGCAAUGCCAUGGAGCUACUCAGCAUCGAUUUUGUUCCAAAUCUCGUGAACGUCACCGGUAGUCACCAUACACCACCCCUAUUCCGCGCCGUCAUCUAUGGAUUCCAGUUACAGCUCUCCCAGCCAUCAUUUCCAACGGAGCAACUACCUGACUUCUUAUAUGUUCAAGGCCAGGGCGUCCCUAAGGACACGUUCUACACGCUCCUUAUUCCCAUGCAUCUCGAUGUCUCCUUGAGAUCUCUUCAAGUCACGCUUCGAGACUAUCCGUUACCACUCCUGCAUAUCCCGUUUCAUUCUGAAGGCAAAGACCUGCCUGUCCUGAGGUUCAUUUCUGACUUGGUCAUUGCCGAGGACAUGGGACCAUCACAAUCUGUUGAGUGGAUUUCCUGUACCAUCGGUGGGGCUCAAGGUGGUUUUGUUCCGAGUAGCCCUCUCAUUAUUGAAAUUCCCAAAACCAUUAUGCCCGUCAAGACAUACGCUAAUCCCACUGUCAAAGUUAUGACGGAUGGGGUAACAAUUUUUGGUUGGGGCGCAAGCUACAGCGCAACUACUCAAGAUCUCGUUCGGAUCUUGGAGAGCUUAACAUCAGAAACGCGUGAUCCGUCUCCUAGCAUUGGGUUUUGGGACAAGGCACGUCCCAUAUUUCUGAGGCUCAUUUUUCACUGGACUAUCGAAGUGUCAUUCGUUAAUGAGGUCAGACUCUACAUGAAAGGUACACGUGAUCCGUACACCCUUCACGAUGAAGGUGCUGGCUUCGGACUCUGCUGGAAAGGCAAUCCCCAAUUACUCAUUGGAUUUUCGAACGACGUCGAUGAACCUAUUCAGGUGUCAAGUGAUACCAUGUCUAUCAUCAUUCCAAAGUUCCAUUGUGAGUGGGACGUCACCCAAAACAAGCUGGACGCCAGUGAAGCGCACAGUGCCGCGCCCGGUUGCCUCAAGACCUGUGCCAAACUCGGCUCCGGUGUACGUUUUGGAGUUGGUGUCAUACUAGAGCGGUCUUGCAGCACUGAAGAUUGUACAUCUUGCUGCCUCGGUUCCUCAUUCGACCGUCAUUGCCGUUUUUUCACCUUCCGGCCUCAUCAUGAAGUGCAGCUUACGACUACGAAAACGGACAAACACUCCCAGACACUUCAUGACUCCUAUAAGGGCUUCCGAUCUGACUUCAUUCACCUUUCCGUGUCUUUAACAUCUUCUCUGCAUUCGCAUACCUCCGCCGAUCGAUCCAGCCCGAGUAGUUUCCAUUUAACACCACACGCAUUUGCUCAUUUCUGGUCCUGGUGGGCACUCUUUGACGGCAAUUUGUCCUUGCCAGUCAGACAGGGCUCGUAUUAUCCUUCCAAAACAGUGUCCCCCAAGUUUGCUCGUCACCUUGCGACUGUGAAGUACCGAAUAGUGGUGCCUCGCUUAUUCAUAUCUCACGUUUACAUUGAUGACACGAGAGACUCCUGGAUUUCUGGAAUCACUUCGUUUGUGGGCACCAAGGCUAACGUUGGCCAUUUUCAAGCAGACAUGCACCAGAGGGACCAAGAAUCUAUUGCUCCAGGCGACGGUCAGGACAGCAUCAAGGUUGUGCGACAUAAGCCCUUCUAUGCGGCGGAGGUGGUCAUGAAAGACAUGGACCUUCGCGCCAUGCCGGCCACCUUUUCUGAGCCUCUAAAGCAAGCCAUUCCUCUGUCGUUCGAAGGUGACCGGGACACCAAUAACUCCAGGCUGAAACUGUCCUCUCAGACUGCUGCAACUGUUCUAAAAAGAAUCUUGAGUCGGGAUCGUAAUGACGUCUUGUGGCAUCAUCGCAUAGUGCAUUGCGAUCUCAAGCCAGAGAAUGUCUUAUUACGACACCCUGCGAAGAGUGCUAUCAAGGUCGUAGACUUCGGCAGUAGCUGCUUAGAGCACGAGAAGAUUUGGGUCCUCGCCGAGCUCUAUACAGGAUUCCCUAUCUUCCCUGGCGAAACCGAGCAGGAGCAAUUGUCUUGCAUCAUGGAGGUUUUGGGGCCCCCAGAUAAGGACUUCACCAAUCGUAGCUCCCGAAAGCGACUCUUCUUCGACAAUAACGGCGCACCCCGAUCCGUGGUGAACUGUAAAAGUCGUCGUAGACGACCAGGCACAAAAACACUUGCUCAAGUUCUACGGUGUCAAGACGAUGACUUUGUCGACUUCAUUGCGUGGUGCCUUGUAUGGGAUCUCGAGACGUCGAAGCAAGAUCACUACCCCUUCGCCAUGUCAUACUUCUCCCCGUCAUCGUCGAUCACCAAAGGCGUCACAGACAUGGACUUCACCUCACGUUUCUGCUUGCCAGCCACACCACUGGCAGGCUGCUCUUGGGAGAGGGCAAAGGACGCCCGUGGACUCAGUAGGCAUCGCGCCUCUUGUCACUUGUACAAGAGAUAUAGCGUUCUUGCGACGCAGAAGAGAUGGGAGCGUGCCAAAGAAGCUUCACACCAUGACGCAAGAAUCGGUCGUGUCAGACAAACCGCCCCUUUUCGAUCACCAGCAGGGUCUGGCAUCAGCACUCUAGAUUCAUCCGGUCUCGAUGACUUAGGACUCUCCCUUGACUUAGAGAAUGAUGUCGACGUUGAGAUGGGUGCCAAUUGCGAAGACAAAGUUGACGAGUCGGAUGAUUUUGAGCAACCGACGCGCCGUAUCAGGCGAAUUCCAAGGCCCUUCCAUGCCAUCGAGCCCAUAGAGGACGACCUUAAUUACUCUGAUAUCGGUCAGAGCUCGUUGAGUCUAAGUUUGCCUGUCGUACCAGCUCGAUCCAGAAUCCAGCGUGUUAUUCUAACCCUCAGAGACACACUCCAAACGACCGUCAAUUCCUUUGGUCUCUCCCGACUUUACCCUCGUCGUCCGUCGUUCGAGCCGGACAGAUUUAUUCCAUCCGAAUUGCUUGCGAGGACGUGUCCAGCUGCUGCUCAAGGAACCCAUUCUCCGCCGAAAGUCUUUGCACCACCGUACCUGUUUUCUAACAUGACAGUCUAUAGACUUAUGUCGUGGAUGAAUUCUGGCACCAGUCGUGUGUCAGAAACUAAAGUCGCUGCCCUAGUCAAAGACGUAAUACUAGCAGAGGAUUUUGACAGCAAGGACCUCCAGGGAUUUUCGGUGAGGCGGAGUCUGCGGGAAUUGGACCAAGACGAGGGUGGAAAGGGAAUUACCUUUCCAGAUGACUGGAUCGAGACUACGGUCACCAUCGACAUUCCAACGAAGUCGAAGGAGGAUAGCCCUAGGCUCUUCUCAAUUCCUGGAUUUCAUUUUCGCCCUCUUGUUGAAGUUGUACGCGCUGCAUUCGCAGAUGCUCAAGCGGGCGCGUUCCACCUCAUGCCUUUUAAACGUCUAUGGAAUGAUCCUCUAGACGGCCAUCAAGAACGGAUAUACGACGAGCUUUACACGUCUGAUGCUUGGUUAGGAGCUCAGGAUGAUUUGCACAAGCUGCCGAAAGAGCCUGGGUGUUCCUUGGAGCGCGUCAUCGCAGGCCUUAUGUUCUUUUCGGACGCUACUCACUUGGCGAACUUUGGAACUGCCAAGGCUUGGCCUCUCUAUGCUUACUUUGGAAAUCUGACGAAGAUUCUUACCUUCGGCUACCCUCCUCAGCUUCCUGAUAGCAUCAAAGACGUUUUGAGUAGCCUGCCUCGAAUAUCGAAAACAGGCAUAGCCUCCCUUCUCACCUACUGCCGCAGGCAGUUGUUCCAGGCUUGCUGGGAAAUCCUGAUGGAUGAAGAAUUUCUCUAUGCUUAUCGACACGGCAUUGUUUUGAAAUGCGCCGAUGGAGUCAUGCGGAGAGUAUAUCUUCGAAUUUUCACGUAUUCGGCUGACUACCCGGAGAAGGCUCUAAUAGCGACUAUCAAGGACAUGGGCUCCUGCCCAUGCCCUCGCUGCCUUAUACCGAAAAGUUUGUUCAAUUGUCUCGGUCUGGCUAAGGAUAUGAAAAACCGCGCAACUAACUUUCGAGUCUAUACUACAGCGAAGAUCGUCAAGGCUCGUGACUUCAUCUAUCGAUGGGGAACUACCGUAGAUAGCGGAAAGGUUGAAGACACCCUUGGAGAAGGCUCGUGGGUUCCUAUUCUGAAUCAAUUCGCAGUGAAGCUUGGGGCGCUAGGCCUCGACCCAUUUCGCAUGCUCGUGGUGGACCUAAUGCACGAGUGUGAAUUAGGUACCUGGAAGGCGCUAUUUACGCACCUGAUAAGGCUUCUUUAUGUACUUCCUGGAGGUACUCAGGUGGUUGCCGCCCUAGAUGAAAGAUUUCGCCAGCUCCCAACCUUCGGGAACGGUGUGAUUCGCAGGUUCGCAAAUAAUACCUCAGAGAUGAAAAAAUUGGCAGCUCGCGACUUCGAAGACAUUUUACAGUGCGCUAUGCCUGUUUUUGAAGGGCUAUUCCCUCCUGAACAUGACGCGGCUGUGCAGUCACUGCUAUAUCGCUUUGCACAGUGGCAUGCACUUGCAAAGCUCAGGAUUCACUCCGAUUCUACCUUAGCAUUUCUAGAUGAAACGUUCAAAACACUCUCCCGGAUGUUGCGGAAGUUUCGGACGCACACCUGUGCUGCUUUUAACGCCGUGGAAUUGCCGAAGGAGAAGGCGGCGCGUCAACGAAGACUCACUCAACGCUUCGAAGCUCAUACUAACGUCGCUCCAGAAUCAACUGGAGCAAGGGCCAAGAUGUUUAACUUAAAUACCUAUAAGUUCCAUGCUAUGGGGGACUACGUGAAAACCAUUCGAUUAUUUGGGACCACGGAUUCGUUUACAACGCAGAUCGGCGAGCUUGCACACCGAGCUUUGAAAGCAUUCUACCCACUAACCAGUAAGCUAGACACUCCGGCCCAAUUAGCCAAACACGAGCGGAGGCGCCGCGCGCUACGGCGUAUAGCAGAGGCAGGGGGUACAACCCCCUGCCUCAGUCAAUCACUAGUCGAUAUCCCCUCUUCUGGAAAGCACUACCGCAUCACCACCGGUCAGAAUCAUUCGAUCAGUCUAUUCGCAUUCAUUCGAGAACAUGACGGCGAUCCGGCUCUCAAGAAAUUUAUACCAAAGCUAAAGGACCAUGUACUUUAUCGGUUGCGCAAGCUAGACGUCAGCUACUGCGACCAUACCUUCACAGACGAGGAGCGAAACCUGGUCAUCAUCCCUAACAACACAAUCCACUCUGUCCAGACUAUGCAAGUUCAUUAUACUACAUACGACAUGAGGCAUGACUACGACACGAUCAACCCUCGAACGCACGCGGACGUUAUGGUGGUUUCGGGUGAGACAACGCCCAACCAUCCAUAUUGGUAUGCCCGCGUAUUAGGAAUAUAUCAUAUCGAGAUGUGGCUCAACGACGGAGCUCAGCCGGUGAAGCAACACCUUGAAAUUCUUUGGGUUAGAUGGCUGGCCCCUUUGCAGAACCAUAAAUCUGGUACGAGAUAUGCUCGUCUUCCCAAAGUCGCCUUCGUGGAGGAAUCCGACACAGACGCAUUCGGGUUUCUUGACCCAGGGCAAGUGAUUCGGGGAGUGCACUUGAUUCCAGCCUUUGCUUCAGGACGUGGUGUUAGCUCGCUUUGCCACGGAAAAUCAUUGGCGCGUCAGGAAGGGGAACUAGAUGAUUGGGAGGCCCAUUACAUUGGCAUAUUUGCUGACCGAGACAUGUUCAUGCGCUAUGGUCAUUUAGGUGUGGGGCAUCCGGUAACGAUGCGAAGAAUGACCAGAGAUUGUCUUAGCCCUGGAUCAGCGGGCGACAUGAACGUCGUGGACGACACCGACGAGGUAGAUGUGAGCCAUGCAGAGAAUGAUGACAGCGAGGAUUGUGACGGAUGCGGCGAGGAUGACAAUGAAGAUGAUGGAACGAGCGAUGAAGAAUUUAGCGACGAUGACCUAGAGCACGAAGACGAGGGAGUUGAGAAAGAUCAUGGCUGGGAAGGUGACGAGGACCAGGAUGACUUGGAGGACGAUGACCUAUCUUUUUGA